UUUGAGUAAGCAAAUAAAACGAGUAGCCUCGUAAAAGCAGAAUAUUAAAUAUAGCUCAUGAAGGUCAGUCGCUGUUCUUUUGAUAAAAUGACAUGGUUACGAUGCAGGCAGCACAGAGAGAGAAGGAGAGAGACAGGCAUGCUGAAAGCAGUGGCCAGACAGGGACAUGCUCUGAACAUGCAGGUGAUCAUGCACCGAUGACGUCCUUCCGCCGACCCAAAGCAUGGCGGCGGCCGACCAGGAGGUGGUUCUGCUCGGCCUGUGUGACGGAGCAGCGGACCCGAAGGAACACACCUCGUCAUGUCUGAACAGCAAGAUCGGGGACCAGCCGGACGUGUUCCCCGGAGGGUCGCGGCCAAGCACGGACUGCCCUCUCUGCGGGGUGCCGCUGGUCCACGUUGUCCAGGUGUACUGUCCGCUGGAGGGGUCCCCCUACCACAGGACCCUGCACCUGUUCGCCUGCACCCGGCCCGCCUGUAGCGGCAGACCCCGGGCCUGGAGGGUCCUCCGCUCACAGGCCUUAGAGGCGGAGGUCCGACCCACCGGCCCGGUCCCGGACCCACCGGUGCCUCUGGCUGCGGCGACGGACUGGUGUGACGCCGCCGACGACUGGGGCAUGGAGGACGACAUCGGUGACAUUCCGACCAACGAACUCCCGCCUCAGGUGGUGGAGAAGCCUCCUGCUGAGCAGCCGGUUCUUCUGGUUCCCCCGGAGGCGGAGAUUCACCAGGUCCCCUCGGAGGUGGAAGUCAGCGCUGGGCUGCAACAGCUCUCCCUGCGGGGCGACGCGGCGCUGCUCCGAGGCUUCUACAUCAGCGUGGUGGAGGAGUCGGAGCUCCGCGGCGGGGAGGCUGGCCUAGAGCACGCCCAGCGGCUGCUCCGGGAGUACGAGGAGCGGGAGGGGACCUCCGUGGGGACGGCCCUGGAGGGCGAGGAGAACACCUCCGGCGGAGAAAAGUACGAAAAGAGCCGAGCCCGCCACGGAGACGCGGCAUUCAGCCGAUUCAUGAAGCGGGUGUCGCUGUGUCCGGAGCAGGUCCUCCGGUACAGCUGGGGCGGGGAGCCGCUCUUCAUCUCGGAGCUGCCCUCCAACUGGGCACAGAUGGUACCGGUGUGCGAUAGCUGUGGCACCCGCAGGACCUUUGAGCUCCAGCUGAUGCCGGCUCUGGUCAGCCUUCUGCGGCCCGCGGGACCGACCCCGGUCCCCGGAGUACCGACCCCGGAUCCCGCGCCGCUGGAGUUCGGGACGGUGCUGGUGUUCACCUGCGGGGGGAGCUGCUGGACGACGGGCUCCUCGCCGCGGGAGGAGUUCGUCUUCCUUCAGGACGACCCGGAUCAGCAGCUGUUCAUCUGAUUAUGGUGCUUCUACCGUUCACUUGUUGCUGCUGGGCCAAUAAUAGGAGGGCUUGUUGUAAAGUCCUCUUGAUGGAAAGAGGAUGCUGCUGUUUGCUCAGGGAAGACUGAAGCUAGUGUCAACAGAAGGCCCGGGUUUAUCGGUCUAGACACGUGAAUGUGGAGUUUUCUAAUAAACAAAUGUAUUCAUCAUACAGUCUGAAAGCAUUGAUUUUUCACCAAAUAAUGUUAAUUUGUCAUUUGACACUCAAAUCAAUGAAAUAUAACUUUAAACUCAUGCCUAGUGCAGUAGACAGCAGUGAUUCACUAGACCAGCAGGAUCUUUUAAAAAGGAAGACACCGUUUUAUUACAACAAAUACCCUGAAAAACAACCUGUAUUAAAGCUGAGUGACACAACGCCUCUAUCCGGUGUUCACACUCACUGCCACCUUCACCUAAAAGGCACUGAAAUCUGUUCUGAGAAUUGUGAUUGUAAGGGUUUUAGGGGGCAUUACAGUUUAAACGCAUCUGGAUCGUUUUAAAGCAUUCUUUGCAAACGGUUUCACACAGAACAUACAACCUCAAACCAAACUCUUCCUUCUUAAAACUACACACAACCGUUGUAAACUGUCAAACCAAAAGUGUGGGAUUGCCUGGACGAUCUAAACUCGAUUUAAGAGGAAUAAAUAGGAGCUAUUUUCAGGCCAAU